CAAACAUGGCCGCGUCACUUGUCGUUCGAAUUUUGAAAUAGUCUGUGAUUUUGGACCAUCAUGAAAGCAAUUAUUGUGGUAUUUCUGCUCGGUGUAGUUGCAAUUGUUGCUUCGCAAAGAGUGCACGUAGUCGACCAAAAUCCUGAAGUCGUGAACGUGGUGGACCGAAAUGAUGCAGUCGUGAACGUAGUUGACCGAAAUGAUGCAGUCGAAUCUCGUGCGGGCGGGUUCGUUGAUACAGUGAGGAACGAAGUCGCUUCUCUACGGUCUAGGGUCCGUGAUAGAACCAACAGAGUCCUAUCAGCUUUAGGAGUGAACGUCGUUGACCAUAAUAACCCACCGCCAACUCCCGUGAAAGUUGUCGACAACAUUAAUGGCGUUAACGUAGUUGACAACAGCGGAUAUCCCUCGCCUGGUAUCAUAGGUAAUGUCGAUUCUGGCUUCUAUCAACCGGGAGUUAAUCAGGAUAUUGACCCUGGAUUCAACAGGCCCUCGCGUCCAAAUAUCAGACCCCCUAAACGUAAGUAA